AUAGAAAUAAAAAACAACAUGGACAUGGAGAAUGAGAGUGAGCCUCCACCGGCAUCCCCUGCGCCCAGCAUCAUAGUUGAUAUGGAGGAGGAAGGAGCCAGCAGAGUGCCGAGCGCCGAGCGCGGAGGGCGCCGAAGGAAGGCACGUCGGAGCAUAGGCAUCGCACGUCGGUUUCCUAAUGAAGCCGGCGUCCAGGCGGGCCGUGUGGUGCCGAAAACUCACCAAACAAUAGUGAACGUGAAAAUACUUAAUUUAAAAGGUGGAUUAAUAAGAUUUGUGUAAAAUGAAUUGUUGCUUUAUUU